GGAACACCCACUCCAGAACGCUGGGGGUCUCCAGGGCGUGAGGCCGGCGACCUUCUGAAAGUUUAUUCCGGCCCCACCCGAUCCCGGGGAGCCAACAGCGCCCUCUCCUGACUCGGGGAAGGGGUGGGGGGCUGGAACAGAGUUGGAGCGAGAGGAAGGGCGUGGGCUCAGCGGGGAGGCGGCAGAGGCCCCUCGAAGACCAUCUUGUCACCUCGACUCGGCCCCGCCGCCAGCCGGGCGCUCCCCCCUCCUUUGGCUCUCCCACGUCCCCUCCACUUCCCUGGGCCAGCGAGGCGCCGGGUCCCGCACUCCUACCCCGACGUGGCCCCCUCCUCGGGGCGCCAGAAGGGCUCCGGGCACCCCGAGGGCCCCCUCUGUGCGGGGGCGGCUCUGUCUCCCGGGCGGGGGGGCUCGGCCUUCCCCGCGCGGGCCGGGCGCCUCAGGCCGCAGCUGCUCCCGCGGCCCAGGAAGGAGGAGGCUGGCGGCCACUCGGCGGGGGAGGGGGCUGUGGCCGGAGCCGGGGCGGGGCCGGCGCCGGGCGGGGCCGGAGCGGGGGGCGCCGCCGGAGAGCGAGCCCCUGAGCCGCGGCGGGAGAGCAGCGCGCAGCCUCCGGGAGCCCAGGCCAGGCAGCCAUGGCGGUGGAAGGAGGAAUGAAGUGUGUCAAGUUCUUGCUCUACGUGCUUCUGCUGGCCUUUUGCGCCUGUGCAGUGGGACUGAUCGCCGUGGGCGUAGGGGUCCAGCUCAUCCUGAAUCAGACCAUUACCCAGGGGGCCACCCCUGGCUCCCUGUUGCCCGUGGUCAUCAUUGCAGUGGGUGUCUUCCUCUUCCUGGUGGCCUUUGUGGGCUGCUGUGGGGCCUGCAAGGAGAACUACUGUCUUAUGAUCACAUUUGCCAUCUUCCUGUCCCUUAUCAUGCUGGUGGAGGUGGCUGCAGCCAUUGCUGGUUAUGUGUUUCGAGACAAGGUGAGGUCAGAAUUUAAAAAGGAUUUCCGGCAGCAGAUGCAGAAUUAUGCAAAAAACAACCACACAGCAUCCGCCCUGGACAACAUGCAAGAAAAAUUUCAUUGCUGCGGGGCAGCUAACUACACAGACUGGGAGCCCCUGCUCCUGCCCAAGCGAGUCCCUGACUCCUGUUGUAUCAAUGUCACUCGGGGCUGCGGGGUUAAUUUCACCGUGAAGGAGAUCUAUACUGAGGGCUGUGUGGAGAAGAUUGGGGGCUGGCUGAGGAGCAAUGUGCUGGUGGUGGCUGCAGCGGCCUUGGGCAUUGCCUUUGUGGAGGUCCUGGGUAUUGUCUUUGCCUGCUGCCUUGUGAAGAGCAUCCGAAGUGGCUAUGAGGUGAUGUAGGGGGUCUGGUCUCUUCAGCCCCCUCAUCCAGGGGAGUGGGGUCGUAUACUCCCGGUUUUUCAAUUAAACGGAUUAUUUUUUCAGACCGAAAAGAGA